AUGAUCAACGUAUUGUUACCUUUAUGUUUUCAAGUGUUUUGGAUCGGAAUUACUUUUGCCGUUUGUACGAAUUGUGCUAAACAAAAGCCGGCGCCCAAGGCCAAGAAAAAGGCAGCGGAACCGUCUUCGGGUGCUGCGGUAGGUUUGCCUUUUUUUUAUUAUACGUGCUUUUUGGAGGUUUAUAGUGCUGCAGAUAGCUUGAAAAGGCUAGAAAAAGAUUGCUUCUGACUUUAAAAUUUUUUAAAUUAAAAAAAAAUUUUAAUGAAUUUUUCUCAAAUUUUAGCCAGAAAAACCCAAAAUGAAUCCCCAAAAUCCGCCCAAUCCGUCGGCCGAAGCCACGCCCACCUCCACAUCCACUGAUAAUAAUCCGCCGCCUCCUCAGAAGUCUACUGUUAAACAGACAACGACCGAAACCAAAGGCAAAAACAGCACGUCGAACGAUGAAACGAGGAUAACAAUGAAUAGUCAUGAGAAGAAACCGUCUCAACGUGAUAAGAAGGAGAACAAUGAGAAGAAGAAGAGCGGAGAGGAAGUGAAGGAAUCACAGAAACAGAACAAUAAGAAGGCCAAGGAGAAGACCAAGACGAAGAGUCAGAUUGACGACGUCAAGUUGGUAAAAGUAAGGUUUUGUUUGAAAUGAGAUUUUUUAGGGAGAGGAGGGCAAAAAAAUUUGUUUAAAAAAAUUGAGUUGACUAGGGUCUUCCUUGUUAAAUAAUUACAACAUAACAUUUUUUUACCCCCUCCCUAAUUUUUCAAAUAAAUUUUUUUUUAAAUUCAAAAUUUCAAAAAAUUUAAAAUUUCAGCAAAAUUCGGACGACCCCAGCGAAAGCUCGUACGACGAAACGCUAAAGAACGUCCAGUCCAUCAAAUGCGACCCGAAUGCACCGCCUUCGAUAGACGAUAAAGGAAAAUAA